GCGUGUGGCGGGGAUAACCGCUAAUUAUCAAUGGCGCGAUGACGCGGACGCCGUACUACAAAUGGCGGGUAAUGAAACAGCUGUUCACGCUACCGUCAGCUCGACAUCUAGCGGAGCGCGGGCGCGAUCCGGCACGCGUCGGCGACGACGUCGACGUUGGAUACGGUACGACGAGGAAGAUCGUAGACGAGGUGUUAGAAGAAGGGCUAGGACGGCGGUGCCCGCUGGUGACCUCUCUAAGAGGAACAUGGCUGCUGGUUGCUGCGGCGCGAAGAAGCAGAGGCUGGGCGGUGGCGGUGGCGCGGCGCCGAGCCUGUCGCCGUGCGACGGUACUGCCAUACGGCACGGUACUCCUCAAUCAAGAAAACCUGCGACGAUCGCCCAACCAGAGAUGGGCUUUUUCUGCUUCGACGUGCUCUAUUGCCAGCUGCACCAGCUGGACCCGCCGAAGGCGCCCAACUUCAGCAACGAAGCGUUCCCUUUAUUUGUGACGUGGACAAUAGGAAAAGAUAUGAGAUUACGAGGUUGUAUUGGUACUUUUAAUGCGAUGCAUUUACAUGCUGGGCUACGCGAGUACGCUACAACUAGCGCAUUCAAAGACUCUCGAUUCAAUCCCAUAACUCGAGACGAGCUGCCGCGCUUGCAUGUAAGCGUGUCAAUUUUGCGGCAUUUUGAAGACGGGGUUGACUACUUAGAUUGGGAAGUGGGUGUUCACGGGAUUCGCAUAGAAUUCCACAAUGAGAAGGGUAAUAAACGGACGGCUACUUAUCUGCCCAGCGUAGCUAUGGAGCAAGGAUGGGACCAGAUACAAACGAUAGAUUCUCUGCUACAUAAGGGUGGCUUCAAAGGCCUAGUCACACCCGAUAUCCGUCGUAGCCUGAAACUAACUCGCUAUCAAAGCGAGGAGGUCACCGUGAGCUAUCAGGAUUACAUGACACAUUGUCACAAUCGAAGAUGCUAGCAGAUCGCCUGGGGUCCCGGCCAGGGAUCCCUGCCCCAACGAUCCGCUGAGGCUCGUUAUAACAACGCUCAUAUGGUCAAUUCGCCUCAUUUGCAAAACGAUAGUGCUCGAUACAAUUCUUUCGUGUCUGGUCAACAACGUUUACAGAUUAUCACGCAACCGAAUCGCUCGACGUUCAUACAUCCAUUACCCUUACCUCCAAUUACCCCAGUUAUGAUACCGAUACGUAAUAAUCCUCCCAUUUGGUGGGAUAAUGCGGGUCCGUCCUAUCCGUCUGCGCCGCU